AUGAAAGACAACGGCCACUGUGAUCAAAUUUGUGUCAACAAGCAAGGCUCAUACAAGUGUGCCUGUCGCGAAGGAUACGAUCUGUUCACAGUAAAUGGACAAGGUGGAGUGGAGUUAAAAGAAGGCGAAGACAGGCGAGCAUCCACUGGAUGUCAUAAAGUUCAACAAGACGUGCAUACCCCGCACAUGCCCGCAGAUUCGUUCCCCGGACAAUGGCAAGCUGCUGAGCACAUUGGAGAAGUUCAGCUACCCUAUGGUGGUCCAGUUCCAAUGAUGGGACCAGACUUCCUACAGUGUCUUUCGGACGGUUCUUGGAAUGGCACGACACCGUUUUGUCUUCCAGCCACCUGUCAAGGACUGAAAAAUAACUCCGCUGUUGGAUUAUUUGUUUCACCUGAGAACAACACUAUUGCCUAUGGUCAAAAUGUUUCAAUAGUAUGCACACAACAGAAUAGACCUGCACGAAGUUCGCCUUUGGCAGCAUUCCGUGAGUGUGUUUUCGAUCCUCAACCGGACGGUCGGGAGUAUUGGCUCUCUGGCCCGCCAGCCGAUUGCCCAUUUGUCGACUGUGGACCACCUCCAGUAUUAGCCGGUGCGGUCUACGAAGGUGACCAUAGCAGCUAUAAGGUCGGGUCAACGCUUACGUUCACUUGUCGUCCUCCAUACUCAUUGGUGGGAAAAUCGUCGGCUGGUGACAAGAGCGUCCGAUGUGGCGUUGACGCCUCAUGGGAUCUCGGUGACUUGCGUUGUGAAGGGCCUGUCUGUGUAGAUCCUGGCUUCCCCGAUGACGGCUCCAUUGAACUCAACAGUGUGGAAGAAGGAGCAGUAGCCAAGUACUCUUGCAAUAGAAAAGGAUACCGUCCAUUCCCGUCCCGGAUCUAUACCUUGACAACGCUACGCAUGGCUGGUGUUGCUGGUAGCGGCUAUCUCAGAGGACAUGUGACGAAAAUGCAAUUGUUCUACAAGACACAGUUCAGCCAGAAUUAUGACACUUAUCCAGUUGAAUUCGAAACACCUUCCGGCAACCACAAUGCAAUGCAUCAAUUUGAACUUUCACCACCGCUCCGUGCUCGUUACAUACUGCUCGGAGUAGCGGAGUACGAAGGAAGCCCAUGCAUUCGUUUCGACUUGCUUGGAUGUUUGGCUCCAAUGACUCUUUCUCAUGAGGUACCAGCGCAUUUACAGGUUGGGUGGAAUGGCUCUGUGCCGCAAUGCAUGGACGCUGAACCGCCGUCGUUCCAAAAUUGUCCUCUGAAUCCGAUAUUUGCGGAGACAGAUGAAAAUGGACAGAUCAGACCAAUUCGUUAUGAGGAGCCGAAGGCUGUGGACAACAGUGGGAGG